AUGGCAACUGGAUCAGUCUCGGUGAAGGUGGAGGUGGACUCGGGGGCGGAGUCUGUCGUGCUGCCCUACAGAACCACCGAGUACCUGCCCAGAGACGUGACGGUGGAGUGGAGGUCCUUCCCAUUCUGGAAGGUCCAUGUGCAUCAGAACGGUUCUGAUCGUCCUGAGCAGCAGAACCAGCGCUACAGAACCAGAACCAGCAUGAAUGAAGAUCCUCUGGGGACAGGAGACCUCAGCCUGACUCUGAGACGUCCCACUCAGAGGGACAGUGGGUUGUACUCGUGUGGAAUCCGGGCAUUUUCAGGGAAUGAGAGAGGAAAAACGUUCUAUCUGAAGGUCAAAGAAAUCCCGCAGCUCUUGGAUUCUCCUCCCGCUGCUCUUGGAUUCUCCUCCCGCUGCUCGGCUGCAGAUGGAGGCAGAAGAAACAGAAACUCCAGAAAUGCUGCAGAUGGACGGACUGAGACUCAACACGUGUUGGACCGCAGAGUUUCUGCUCCGUUUCUGCUCAGCGGCUGGUUCAACUUUGCUCCUCCAGCGUCACACGCUCAGCAGGAGGUGACGGUGAGGCUGGGACAGAACGUCUCUCUGGACUGUCCCGGACCGUCAGAUGAAGAAAUCAAACUGUUCACCUGGACCAAAGACGGCCUCGGCUCGGAUCACGUGUUCUUCUACCGUAACGGCCGCUCUUACGGGUCGUACCAACACGAGUCCUUCAGAGGCCGAGUGGACCUGAGGAGCUCCCUGGAGGACGGCGACUUCUCCGUGGUUCUGCACGACGUCGGUAGGACGGACGAAGGGACGUAUCGCUGCGUGAUCAUCACCAGGAGAUCGGGAGGCCAUGAUGGAGAGCGCCGCUCGUUUGUCAACCUGACGGUCUCAGGGGAGGAUCCAGCCGCGGAUCCAUCAGGAACCGAUGAGGAGCAAAACCAGGAUGAAGAGGACGAGGCUGGAAGAACCGGAGAUCUGACCGAUGAAUACGAUUCACUUCCAUUUGUUAUUGUGUCUGUGUUUGUGAUUGCUCUUUUCAUUUUGAUUAUUAUUAUUAUUAUUGGUUGUUUUCUCAGGAAACCUGCAGGUUUGUCAAAGUACAGGUUGGGUCGUUCAGAGCAUCAUCAGCCUAACGGUCAGCAGCAGGUGAUCUGAUUCUCCCCAACCUGAAUCGCUGCAGUCAUGAUCGUUUUUUAUGAAUCGUCAUGAACUUCCCUCACCUCAGGAUCAUAAACGCUCCUGAGUGACUUAUUUAGCUUUAGCUAAGGCUUAACAAGGCAGAACCUUUUGGACAAGAUGGUGACGUAGCAACAGCAGCUGGACCUUUUCUCUGUCCAUUGCUGCCGGUCACUGUGCUGCAGCAGCUGCUGCUGCUGCGUCUCGUCUUGGUGCUGCAGUCGCUCCUGUCGCUGCUGUGGCUGAGACGUUAGCAGUCGACCAGCUCUGACUCAUCCAGUCACUUAAAUCUACAGUUCACUCAGUCAUCAGUCACAUCGCUUGUUCAAAACCUGCAGGAUCUGCUCACCAAGAUGGUUCUGGUCGUGGUGGACUGGAGCAGAACCGGUUAAAACCGCUUACAGCAGCUUCAGUUCAUGAAACCUGUGGAAAAUAUCCAACCUUAACAUAUAUGUGGAAUAUAUGUUAGUGUAGGGAUGGAGCUAACAGAGCUAACCUUAGCUAACAGAGCUAAUCUGAGCUAACAAAGCUAACCUGAGCUAACCUGAGCUAACAAAGCUAAUCUGAGCUAACAGAGCUAACCUGAGC